AAAGGCAAGGAGGCGUCUAUGUUUAUUCCAAUGAGUCAGCUAGUAGCAUCCGGAAAAACCAUCGAGGACCUGGAAUUGAACUCCGUAGUGAGACCAGCGUGGAGGAAUCGAAACUCAAUUUUUGGGGUAAUCAUUAGCAUUGUUCUUGGCAUCACUGGUUCAAGUGCACUAGCCACGUUCUAUAGCUUGCAGGGCCUUUUCAACACAGUACAGAUAUUCGCUCUUAUCCUUAGCACUCUCAUUCCUCUCCAUGGAAAGGAAGCACUUGGGAAAUGGCGCCAGUUGUUCUUGGGUACUAUACCGAACAUCCUGGCGUUUAACUUCGCUACGACAUUAAUCCAGUCCAUGAUUUACCUCCUGGUUUUCAUGGCUCUUGCGGGUGGCUUGCUCUACUGCUUUCAUCGUUCAUCGUCACCUUGCAUGCGAUAUAAUCGCCUGGAAGCCUUUCAACAACCUGAGAAGCAAGGCAGCGGGUGGAGCAUCGUGAUCGUUAGCUUUCUUCUCACCGUCAUCUACCUGCCUUUGAGCACCAUGACGGUUCAUAUCCUUGUAUGGUCGGACGAUCUUUGGGCUGUACCCAACCCAUAUACCAACACCACCACCAAUCCUCCGCAAGUGGCCCCCCUAGGUCCCGCUGAUGAGUAUAGGGACCCACUUGAUUUCUGCUAUACUACGACUAUGAAGCGAAACGAAAUCAACUUUGCUCCAGUGCUUAUCAUCCUUGCAAUCAUCAUUUUCUUCGGGUUGACGAUCUGGUUUCCUCUUGCUCUACGAAUGGCGAUCAAGCAGGCCGUGCCCAUUGUCGACCGAUAUACAGAGUUGGGCAGGCCUCGGAGCGACAGGGACAUGGACCGCGAGUACCGGCGGCUCUUGUCGAGGGAUAGAAACCCACUAUCGUUCUUAUACGGAGGAUUCCGACGAGGAUGGGGAACGUAUGAAACACUGUACCUCUUUGCCAAGAUGAGCACACUUCUCAUCGUUUCUGUCAUCGACCCGAACAACUGCCUCUUCCGAUCGCUUUCGCAAACCAAAAUCACUAUUGUCCGUCAGAUUGUCCUCCUCGUGGUCAUGACUAUAUUCUUUGGCCUUCAAGCUUUUUUCUCUCCCUUCAUCGACCCUGUCAAUAAUGCCAGCGAAUGGAUUUCGCGACUCAAUUACAUCCUGACUUCCGCUGUUGCACUCACAGUCGCGUUGGAUAUACGCAGCAAGGACAUUCUCAACGGUGUUAUCAUUUACGCAAUCUAUAUUAUCACUUAUGGUUUCACAGCCUAUUUUGCUUUGAUAAAUUUAAGCGUGGUGCAACGGAUGGUGAAGCGGCUGACCCGACGCAUCGACUUCAGCAUCGACAUAUUCUCUCCUCGGCUAGAUAUUUCUCCAUCAUCGCCCCAUACACGACGACGCAUUUGGCAAGAGGCAAUCACGACACUCUUCUUGACUAGUCCCGAAUGUCGCAUCCCAGCCAAACAACCCAUGCAAUAUCUCCAAGCGCGCGACUGGGAGUACCCACCCUAUCUCCAGAAUUUCUUGGGUUCUCCGGGGGAACGUCACGUCGAGAAUCUCAAGAUUCUUCGAGAAGUCGGUACCAUGGCUUACAGGAAAGGGGUCUCAUUGGUGUCUGGACCAGACCUCGCUUGGUUUCAGUACCUGGCCGACGAUAUCCAAACUCAUUAUGUUGGGCCAGAUUGCUAUUGGAAGAAUCCAGCCAAAGACUCGAUACCUGGAUGUACCAGACAUUUUGGCAAUGCUUGGUGGAUACCUUUCCCCCCAACGCUGGUCAUCAAGUAUGAUGAUGGACCUCUUGCAGUUUUGCAGGACGUAUCAGAUCUUGAGCGAUAUGUAGCGCAGAAUUCAAGUGCAGACAUACAAAGAAGACGAGAGAUUCGAAUGGCUCUACGUGCGUUAGAUGGUCGCGCAGUAUUUUGGCCACAUCGGUAUGUCAAGUCGACGGGUUCGCGGGUGUCAUGUUGUCGGGGUAUGCGGUACAAGGCGCAAACGUCUGUCGACUAUCAGACUUGCAUCCUCAACAUCAAACGUAGGGGUCAUCUGGUAUGGGAAGGCAUUCAACUCGGCAGCGGAUUUGACGUCGAACUGGUCUAUGCCAAGAACGUCCGCCUCGAUGGAGGCAUCAUUGGCCUCAACGACGAUUACGAUCUGACUGGACCUUUGGCACAGUUCCUCGCCCUGAACCAUAACUCCAUUGGUUCACAGCUUCGUCAUAUCGAGGCCGUCGUGACCGCCUACCGUGAACAUUCCAAGAAUGAAUGUCGGCAGAAAGUCGAUGUUCUGACCUAUCGAUUUUUGACGCAUGUGUAUGAUCAGCCUCGAGACCCCUCGGGGUUGGCGGCAAGCUCGAUAGAAUUUGAGCGGGACCUGCGGGUCAGACAGUUGAUGGUCGGGAGUGAGGCGGUUUUUGAGACGACAUAUGAACGAUUGUCGGCUGUGUCAGCGACAGAGGUCGCAACUUGGUGGUAUCUAUUCUGGGACGAUUUCUGGAGAAGAAAUCACGACACGAUCAAGGCUCUGGAGAUACACGCCCCAGACUUCAACCCACACUAUGCUUCCUCAAUUGCAUAUACCCCUCUUCCUCGGUCAGCACUAGAGACAUUCCUUAUCCAGCGUGGUUUACUACACAAGACGCCGCCCUGGGGCGGUGAUUUCAUCACUUCAGGCUUCUUGAACAAGAUUUAUAUCCGUCUGAAUGACAUCGUCUUCCAUGGCUCAACUGAGGCGCAUAUAUUCCAUCUAGGCCACAAUAUAUCUGAAGAACUAGAUAUGAAGGAGAUUGACAUUGAGACCCAAGGGCGUCCUUCUACCCUUGGCACGGGGGGCGGCACGGACCACGAUGCUGAAUCAAUAACUGCACGCCCUGCAUUCAGAUGGGAAGGUAUCUUGAACGACUCGUUACAGUAUAGGUUGAAGCCGCGAAGGAACCUAUUGUCUAAGCUAGGAGCGUGGCUUGGCGUGACACCACUUUGGAGGAUAGGGGUCCCAUCCCGAGGCGUAACGUUGGAUUUACGGUUGGAGAAUGGGAGGUACGUGAUGAUGGAUAGCGAUGCGGGGAGAACGAGGAAGGUGCAUGGUCACGGACAUCACAUAGUCUGAAAACUGACGACGUGAAUGCAAUCACAUUCCGCGGGGAAUCUCGAAGACUGUGCUAUUACAUUAAAAACUAAGUAGAAUAGAUAGAGCUGAGAGGGACAUACACCGUACUUCAUGUAACCUUCCGCCGCUUAUUCCCUCUGGGAUGAUG